CAGCUUCCCACCCAUUACGCUCUUUUUUUGCUGUUGUGACCGCGCCAGACCUCUUUCCUUUCUUAGACCGUCCUCUUUAACCGAUACGGUCCCCCAAUUGUAAUCACUCUUGCCCCCAUCCAGCGCGAAUUAGGACCCGUCCAGCUAUCGCGAAUGGACUCUUGAAUCUUCGCGUCUGCUGCUGGCCGUAUCGUCCUCGACGACGCUGCCAUCCCCGGCCUCGCACCUAAUACAGCCUAUCGACAAGACAUCUGGCACGCAUCCGACCGGCUUCCCAAUCCACCAUGCGCCCAUGCCAGAGUACCAACCGUCUUCGCGACCAUGAACAGCAUGACUGCUGCCAAUCCGACCGUCUUCCCCGUCGCCAGAAGCAAAGUCACGCCAAGACGAAGACGGCUGCUUUCCUCACUGUCCUUGCCGCGUCUCUACCCGUAUCAAUGGCCCAGCAGAACUGCGUCUCCCUGCGUGGUUCAACGACAUGUCCAGCAUUUAGCGGAGCAUCAAUCAACACGGCCUUGACCGGCGACUACCCCUUCUUAUCAUUCGUGAACGAUGUGCAGUCUUUUGACGACCGCCUACGCAACUACAUCGCGACGUCCUAUGCGCAAAGACAAUAUCAGAAUAUCUUGGGAUGCUCGAGCGUCAAUUUAACAAACACAACCGCACUCUAUGCCCGAUACACCACGACCGUCUUGUGCAACGCAAUAGUACAGAGUUCCAGACAGUCGUGUGGAUCGAGUGGCUCCAACGCGACACCGCUCUGCGCCGGUGCUUGUGCCGACUUUGCCAUCAGUGAACAGGUCAUCGUUUCAAGUCCGGAGCUGUGCGGUAGACCCGGAAACAAUGCCAUCCCCCAGAUCCGCUCCGACUUUGCUCGCUGCUCGAACCCUGCCGAGGCGCUUAGCGGAAACUGCAUCACUGCGGUACAAAAUGAGCCCACUGAAUGCGGGUACCAGGGUAACCUGCGCGGACUUUGCAUGUUCUGUGCUGACAGUACUAUCAACUCGACCGACUCGUGCUGCGUGACAGCUAACGUUGAGAGCCGUUGCGCGAAUGUCAAUCUCCCAACUACCGUUUCGAUGCCGCCCCUGUUCCCGUCAAGCACGUCGUCCAGUGUGCCAUCAGCUAGCGGUAGCGCCGGACAAGGAACCUCUCGGUCUGGACUCUCUGGUGGCGCCAUAGCAGGCAUUGUUCUUGGAUCCAUUCUCGGUGCUGCCCUGAUCCUAGCUGCCGUCAUCUUCUGCUGCAUCAGGAUGAGGAAGAACAAGCCCAACCCGGCCGAUAGCAUCUUCAACACACCAUCACCAACGCGCCAAUCUCUCAAGGGACCCCCUCCUCCCAUGGCCUAUGGAGGUGAUGGUCAACGCCCCCCUUCCAUUGUACCUGGAGCUCGCGUCCAGCGCAUGGCAGCUCUUGAAGGCUCCACUUCAUCUGGUGAACCGAGUGAGAGAGGUGUUCUGUCAGCGUUUGGUGGCUCGCAAGUUGGUGCUUACGACUCCCCAGAAACAAUCCGGGGCCAUCUUGCUGGGGCAUUGCCUAGGCGUCAAGGAUCUCUGUCGAGCCACUCCGCCCUUGGUUCAAGUACAAACUCGCCUUUGUCUGGCUCUGACCAAGCACGCAACUUCUCUAGUCCGGACGGUGUUGCUUCUGGCCAGUCUGAACAGCUGCAGUUCUUCAAAGAUUAUUACUCGCAAGAUGACAUUCAUCCCAAUGACACAGUUGCAACUCUGUGGGCCUACCAGCCGCGCGCUGGCGACGAGUUUGAACUAGAGCGCGGCGAUAUGCUCAAGGUUGUCGGUAUCUGGGAUGACGGUUGGGCAACCGGUGUCAGGAUCUCCGAGACGGCUGAGCAGUGGGAAGCACGGAAGUCUGAGCAGCGCGACUCAGGUGUUAGCAACACAACGAGAAGGUCACGUCCAGAAACCGACAGCGAGAUCAAAGCAUUUCCUCUCGUGUGCGUUUGCUUGCCGCAGCACUGGCGCAAGACGAUCGAAGGCGACAGCACAGACACUGGUCGAAGGAGUGGAGGUGAUCGACCACCUCCAAGUCCCUAGAUUGUUAGCUGUGUUCAAUCUAUUGACGUUUGCUAGUCAUGUCGUCUACUUCAGAGUCGCCGGAUACAACACCGCCCCCAAAGCGUAUAACGCGCGUCAUGUCACGACCUCGAUACACGUUGCUAGACCCCAAGAAAUCAGGGUCAAGCACGCUGCUCAACUACCCACACAAAAAUUAACGCCGCUACGAUCAUGGCCACGUUUCUUCCAAUCGUCGAUUUCUUGCAUCUGAGACACCCUCAAUCCGACUUCUUCGAUUUCAGCGGCCCCCAACGUCGACCUCAAACCACGCUCUCACAAAAAAAAGUAAUCGAAUAAUACCACACGAAAGCGAACUCCAACUUCUCACUCGACAUAAAAACGGCCGAUUCUUUUUCUGCAUCGCCUCUUGCUCUGUUCAACUAAUACGCUCCUUCGCCGCCUGGUUGCCCGGCCACACGCAACCCACGCUCCUUAACCCACUGAUCCUGCCACCACCUCCUGGUAUAUAAUGGCCCGAUUGCAGACUUUUGUUCUAUACCCCUUGCCGUCUGGGAGCGUGCUACUUAGCGCGCUCGACGACUCGAACCUACUUUUUAUUUUCGCUUCCGGUGUGUGUAUGUGUGGACGCCGGGCGCAGCGUAUGUAUAUAUCACGUGGCUGUGCCGUGCUGUUCAAGGAAAUGGGUAAUACUGUAUCUUGAUUAUAUUUCUAUGAUAUCCUCGUUGUUCAGGGGCUGGGCGGGGCCUGGGUUUGUUGUUCGUUGGGCGUGUUGGCUUGGAGAUGAGUGAUUGAUUGGAUUCGAAUGGUGGACUUGAACUGGAUAGGAUAGGACAACAAUGGAUUUGGAUCAUUGAA